UUGCUUCGGGGAGGAGAGCAAAAAAAUAUAUUGCGGUUUCCUUCUCCUUCCGGCCGCUUUGCAGCAACCUUCGUAGGCCUGCUGUGUUGAUUGCAUUUUAUUUUUCAGCACUACUAACCCCCUCCCUAAAAGGAAAACAAUAUUGAGAAACUGCUCAGAAUAUCUAUUCAAAGUCUCCGAGUGUUUAAGAAGGAGUGGACGGUCAAAUGGCAGGGAUGUUGGUCAAGCGGGUCAGCGGCAAGGGCGGCUACAGCCCAUAUUUGACCGGACGGCGAAGGAAAGCCCCCAAAGCUCAGGGGUCGGGUUUGGUCACCUCCCGAGCCAGCGUUUUGCUCAAGGAGCUGCCCUCGGUGGUGUCAGGCCCGGGAGACGGUACAGCAAUGGUCAAGCGACCCACCAGUCUCAGCCGCCACGCCAGCGCCGCGGGGUUCCCCCUCUCUCCGGCCAAGGGACUCUCCAAAGGCCACAAAGUCCACAGCCCCGGGGAUGGAGGCAGCGCAGAGGGCAGCCUGACUGACCCAGAGGACAUUGCACAGCUCCUGGCCGACGUGGCCUGCUUUGCUGAGCGGCUGGAGAAGCUCAAGGACGUUGUGCUCCAAGAGGAUGGGGUGGAAUCCCGGCGGCCCGUGGCCCACGAAUGCCUCGGGGAAGCCCUGCGGAUCCUCCGGCAGAUUAUCAGCAAAUACCCACUGCUCAACACCCUGGAGACGUUGACCGCUGCUGGGACGCUCAUCUCUAAAGUCAAAGGUUUCCAUUACGAAAACAACAACGAAGCUGAGAAAAGGGAAUUCGAGAAGGCCGUGGAAAUGAUUGCCGUUUCCUUCAGCAGCACAGUUUCCGAAUUCCUCAUGGGCGAAGUCGACUGCAGCACCAUCCUCUCCAUACCGCCCAGUGAUGCGAACCAGUCAAUGGAAAACCUGUAUGGUGGGAUCCCUGGCCAAGGCACAGAAAUAAUGUCUGACCGCUCCGAAGACUUCAGUUCGCUCCGCCUGUCAGCCGAAGAGGUGGACGUCCUCCUUCAAAAAUGCGAGGGAGGGAUGGCCUUUGCCCUGAAAUACGCCAAGAACAUCUCCAAAUACAUGAAGGAUCUCAUUUACUACUUGGAGAAGAGGACGACCCUGGAGAUGGAGUUUGCCAAAGGGCUCCAAAAGAUGGCAAAUACCUGCAAGCAGACCAUAACGCAGGAGCCCCACAUGCCGUUUCUUUCAAUCUAUUCGUUGGCGCUGGAACAAGACACCGAAUAUGCUGUGAGCUCCCUCCAUUCCUCUGUCACUUUGCGGAUGGAGACGUUCUUGCAACCACUGCAAACGAGGCGCCUGGAGCACGAAAAGCGUCGGAAGGAGAUCAAGGAGCAAUGGGGCCGAGCCCAACGGAAACUGCAAGAGGCCGAAAACAAUUUGCGGAAAGCCAAGCAGGUCUACAUGCAGCGCUCAGAGGAGAGUGAAAAGGCCAAAAAUGUGACAGCCAAAGCCGAGGAGGAGCAAAUGGGGUCUGGGGUUGGGGGAAGCAGCGUCGGAGGGACCGGAGCUGUCACCAACAAGGCCCUGGAGAAGAAGCGGCGGCUGGAGGAAGAAGCCAGGAACAAGGCCGAGGAAGCCAUGGCAACGUACCGGACAUGCAUUGCCGAUGCCAACACGCAGCGGCAGGAAUUGGAGGACACCAAAGUCACGUCGCUGAGGCAGAUCCAUGAAGUGGUCAAGCAGAGCGACCAGAUCAUCAAGUCGGCCACCAUUUCAUUCUAUCAAACCAUGCACAUGCAGACAGCGCCGCUGCCUGUCUACUACCAGACGCUGUGCGAAAGCAGUAAGCUCUACGACCCGGGUCAGCAGUAUGCAUCCCACGUCAAGCGGCUGCAGCGGGAAGACGAGCCAGAGAUGCAGUACGACUUUGAGCCCUACGUUUCUCACAACUGGUCUCCAAUUGGACGGACGCGGAAAGGUAGCUGCAACGCCAGCGAAUUUGCACCAGGAAGCGGCACAGAUGUGGCUGGCAGUGGCAAAGAUGGAGAACGGCGAGGUGGACGAGGCCACCAGGUGCACAAAUCCUGGCCGACGGUCAUUGCGGAGACCAAGGACCACCCAGAGUCCACUGCUAGUAGCUCAGGCGAGUUUCCAGCCAAGUUCCCAGCAAUACCUUCGAACGGAUCUUUCUCCCCCGGCGAAGAGUCAGACGGAAACUCCCCGUCGUUCGAGCAAAGCAUCCAGGAGAUGAGCCCAGGGGGGAUCUCCGCAGCCACCGGCCCUUUCCGCCACGUCGGCUUGUCCAAAGCGGCCCAGACGCACCGGCUACGGAAGCUGCGCACCCCUUCCAAGUGCCGCGAGUGCAACAGCUAUGUCUACUUCCAAGGAGCUGAGUGCGAGGAGUGUUAUUUGGCCUGCCACAAAAAGUGCCUGGAGACUCUGGCCAUCCAGUGCGGCCACAAGAAGCUCCGGGGCAAGCUCCAGCUCUUUGGCCAGGACUUCCUGCAGGCCUCCGGCUCCAGCCCCGAUGGCAUCCCCUUCAUUGUCCAAAAGUGCGUCUUGGAGAUUGAGAAGCGAGCCACCAGGACCAAGGGCAUCUAUCGCGUCAACGGGGUGAAAACCCGGGUGGAGAAGCUCUGCCAGGCCUUUGAGAACGGAAAAGAGCUGGUGGAGCUGUCCCAGGCUUCUCCACAUGACAUCAGCAAUGUCCUGAAGCUCUACCUGCGGCAGCUGCCAGAGCCCAUCCUGCCCUUCCGGAUGUACAAUGCCUUGAUGGGGUUGGCCAAGGAGAGCCUCCAGGGAGGGAAAAACGCUGCCGAAAUGGUCAACAAGGGGCCCGAGACCGACCCGGCCGUGCUGGCGCUGGUGUCCAAGCUGCGGGAGCUGCUGGCCAAGGAACUGCCAGCUGAGAACAGGGCCACCUUGCGCUUCCUCGUCCAGCACUUGCGAAGGAUCGUGGCUGCCGAGGGAGAGAACAAGAUGACCCCUGGCAACUUGGGCAUCGUCUUUGGCCCCACCUUGAUGCGCCCCCGGCCCACCGAGGCCACCAUUUCCCUCUCCUCCUUGGUGGACUAUCCCCACCAGGCUCGCAUCAUUGAGGCCUUCAUCAUCUUCUACCCUGACAUCUUCGAGACAUCCCCGGCACUUGCGGUUGGCUUGGAAGAGGAAGAAGAGGAAGAGGAAGAAGAGGAAGUGACAGGGAACCAGGACGAUGGGACGCCGGACCUCGUGUCAACGCCGGACCCGGAUGAGGCUGCACUUCACGAAGAAUCGAGCGCUCGCUUCAUCGACUCUGAUUCGGACGAGGACGACAACACUGAAGGAGACCCGCCGGCCCGCGCAGCUCGGCACAGCAAGUCCAGCGCCGACGAGGAAACGCCGUCAGCUGACGAGGAAGGCGCCCGGAGCCAUUCGGAGUCUGAGGACGUCUCAGUGCCGCAGGGAAGAGAUGCAGAGGAAGACUCCGUCUUUCGGAGAGACGAGAUACUUGGCUAGUGGCCUCUCAGCACAUUUCACUGGCCACCUAACAUGUCAUCGUAUUCUUGCGUUGGGUAUUUCCGGUACUGAGAUCUUUUGGGGAUGAGACCCAGUCCAAACAAAAAACAUUGCAUUGACAAUAGAGAUAGAAGCAUAGAGCUAGAAGGGAUCCUCCCCAAAAGGCCAUCUAGUCCAAACCCCUUUUCUGACAAGGGAAGUCUUGGAAUCAUAAGAUAUAGCCUGAAGGUCCCUUUAAGUCUCCUUUCUUCAAAAUGUUUGCAGACAGGGAUUUGGAUUUUUUUUUCCCAAUUGAAAUAUGUAGACUCCCAGUUAACCAGUACCCACGAGGCUUUCCAGAUCAGUUGUUUCUGGUUGCUUGAGUUACCUUUACAAAUAGGCCUAACUCAGAUUAUAUCCCACAGCACAAACUCUGCAUUGACUUGAUCUUUAUCAUAUCACACAUGCACACACACACAUGUAAGGACUACAGAAUAUUAAUCAUAGACACAUCUUAACACAUUUGAAUUAUAUUAGGUAUAUUUUAAUGAGGUCUGACUAGAUGACCUUUGGGGUCCUCGCCAAUGUCUUUGGUUUUCUUUCUCUUGCAGCAAAAACAAAAAACUAGAGGAAGAAUGGGCUAUGUUAUUAUAUUCGAAUCAUAUUAGGAAUACUUUAAUGGAGGGUCCCAUUGAGCUAAGAUCAUAUUAGGGGUAUUUUAAUGGAGAAUCAGAUUGACUCUCCUUUCGUAUUUUCAAAGUAUUUUCAAAGGAAUGUUGUGCAUGAAACCAUCUAUACACACACACACACACAUACACAUACACACACAUAUAUAUAUACACAUACACACACAUAUAUAUGUGUGUGUUGUUGUUCAUUCAUUCAGUCAUUUCCAACUCUUCAUGACCUCACGGACCAGCCCACGCCAGAGCUCCCCGUCGGCCGUCACCACCCCCAGCUCCUUCAGAGUCAAGCCAGUCACUUCAAGGAUGCCAUCCAUCCAUCUUGCCCUUGGUCGGCCCCUCUUCCUUUUUUCCUUACACACACAUACAUAUAUAUAUAGCUUGAGGAGCUAAUCUUUGAGGAGCUUAGCUUGGAACAGUACUCAGCGUCGCAUUUCCUAUUUGCAAAGGAUUGUGUGCACAAACCUCAUGAUUUUUAAUGAUCUGUAUAGAUGUUAUUCUGUCUUUUAGCUAUGUGCCUUGUUUUAGGCCGUUUUGAGCCAAUGUACAUCAUGCUGCAAAAGACUUACGUAUUAAGAGCCGUUUGGAAAUAAAAGUCAACACUUUGUUUUA